AUGGAAGCCAACGUGGGAUCUUCGAGAUGCACACAAUCGUCUGAUUAUGCCGAUGAGGGUCGCUGCUUGAUCGACGCUUUGGACUUGGCCGGCGACCGCAAUAACACUACUGUCGGGUGUCCGUUACGGUGCGGACUUGCAGAGAGUUUCCGUUCGACCCCAGAACUGACCAAUGAUUCACCCGUGGACAACCCGGUAGUAAAGAUCGACUCACCACCAGUGCCAUCUGUUAUUACGACUGCGGUGGCAGACGACCUAACGGAAACGCUGAAAUGCCUGCAGCAACAUUAUGGUCUUUCCAUGAUCGACGCCUUAGACUUGGCCGUGGAUCGCAGGAUCACUACAACUGUUGGGCUACAGUUACGGCCGCUGCGAGAAAAUGUAGUAAUUUUCCAGUCUUCCGCAGAACUGAUCAUUCACUCGGCCGUGUACAGACCAGUGACGUCUGUUCCACCAGUGGUACCUGUUCUUACGACUGCGGAGGCAGACAACCUAACGGAAACGCCAAAACGCUUGCAGCAACAUUAUGGUCUUUCCAUGAUCGACGCUUUGGACUUGGCCGUGGAUCGCAGGAUCACUACAACUGUUGGGCUACAGUUACGGCCGCUGCGAGAAAAUUCAGUAAUUUUCCGGUCUUCCGCAGAGCUGAGAAUUCACUCACCCGUGUACGGACCAGUGAAGUCUGUUCCACCGGUGGCAGCUGAAAUUCAGCCAAAUCCUGCACGGUCUGGUCGUCGCAGAUCAUUAUGGAAGAGGUCGAAAAGAUUCAUGUGGAAAUCCAUGGUCAACUUUGCACGCAGAAUAUGCUUCUGCCAAAGUUUUGUUGACCUGGAAUGA